AUGGUUACAAAAUCUCUAAUAAGUAAUUUUAUUGAAAAAUUCGAAACAUCAAACAGUCUGCCAUGCAUCAAGAACAAGCUCUACCCCAUCACAGCUCCGGUGACCACAGGAGACGGAGCAACAAAAUUCAGAAUUGCUGUCAUUUCCGAUGACGACGAAAAUUCUAAAAAAGGAGACAAAAACUGGAUGAGCAUUUUUAGAAAAGGGUGGCUUACUUACAAACCUGGUGAGGUGCGUGUGGAGUUUGACGACCCGAGUCAAGACACCGAGCUCAACUAUGGCUUCAACAAUAAACUAAGAGGUAUGGAGCUAUCCGAUCUAGUAACAUUCAACGGCAGACUGAUGACGUGCGACGAUAAAACCGGAGAAGUCUACGAGCUGAUAAACGACAAUAAAGAGGUCCUCUCUUUUGCCCACCUCAACAACGGUGAUAGUCGCGACAACGAUGCAUUCAAAUGCGAGUGGCUAGCGGUGAAGGAUGGAAAGCUUCAUGUUGGUUCGCACGGCAGGGAGUGGAUUGGUGAUGACGGCCAGUCAGAUGAGAGUAUGAAAUGGAUCAAGAUUGUCGACACUUGCGGAGUGAUCACAAAUGUCAACUGGAUCGAUAAAUACAAUGCACUACGUGACGAAACCAACAAUAAAUUUCCAGGCUACUUAAUUCAUGAGUCUGCAGUUUGGAGUGACUUGCACAAAAAGUGGUUCUUCAUGCCUAGGAAGGUUAGCAAAGUGAGUUACAACGACAAAGAGGACGAGAAACGCUGCGGCAACUGGAUAACCAUGGCCGAUGAGAAUUUUGAAAACAUCGAGAAUAUGGAUAUUGGGGAGAAGGAGCCCACGUACGGCUUCUCGGCAUUCAGAUUCAUUCCAGAAACGAAAGAUGAAGUUUUUGUGGCGGUCAAGACGGAAGAAGUCGACGGUAAAGUGGCUUCAAAGUUGGUUGCCUACGACAUAGGCGGCAACAAAAAGAUGGAUCCAGUUCCACUCGGUAACCUGAAAUUUGAAGGAAUUGAAUUCAUUUAA